AUGACUUCGUCAAAUCUAAACAACAUCAUCGACCCGCAGUUCGAUAGCAAACUAGUCCAAGCACCCUACGACAUCCGACGCCAGAUCUUCGACCACCUCACCCCACAUUCACAAGGCACCCACAUUUUGCUUCUUCAUGGAGUGCUGAGGAUUAUAAGCUGCUAUGGGUGUCAAGACAUUACUACGCCAUAUGAAUGCGAAGCCGAUCCUAGAAAUCGAGCGAAACGUGAGCGAUUUACUUGUGCAUACAUGUCGGCCUGGGGACCGCAUUGGAAGUGCGAGGAAAUGAUGUUGGAGAGUUUGGGGUCGAACGACGAUUGCGGGGCUUUUGACGUGAUAGUGAGAACGUGCAAGAAGCUGCAACUCGAUGUUUUCGAUCACCUGAGUCAAGGUACUCUCAUCGUGACUGAUAUUGUCACACUGGACGCACUUCUGGAGCGCACCGACGCAUUCUUCAGGGAAAUAGUUUGCAACCUUAAGAGCUUGGAAAUCGCGCUUAAUCUCCCGUUGGACGUUCUCGUCGCGAUCGAAAUGAAGUCUUCUGGACACAGCGCGCGUUCUGAAAUCAUCAAGAAAGAGGAUUUCAAGGACUUCGCUUUCGAUCAUGCAGAAAUGUGGUUGCGCAUAGGUCCAGCACUCGACCGUCUCAAGCAAUUUCGAAAGCUCAGAGUAUGGCUUGAUCACGACAGCAACGAUUUCUGGUAUCGAAUCAAUGAGUCGGCCAUUCUAUCGCCCUUGUUGAAUCUCAUGGACCGUCCAGACAUCGAGCUGAGCAUUCAUCUGCCCAAGCAUGCCGAUGACGAUAUCGCCAUACCACCAUUCCAGGUUGAGCGGCGACGAAGAACCGGACACUACCCUCAGUUUUUCGGGAGAACAAAAGUCUCAGUACACAGAGACCAGUUUCCCAUGUUUGACUACUUUCAGAUGCAUAUGGACCAAGAUCUGGAUCCAGUAGAGAAUGAAAAGUGGGAGCGUGAGCUCUGGAAAAGAGGCGACGAUAUGGAAAGGGCGCUUCUGGAGAUGAUUGACAUUGAAACCCCUUGUCAGUUUGGUAACAUUUGA